GGGGGUGUGGAUACGCCCCUACCCGCCAGCCUCUUUAAAACGGCCCAAGGCGGACAGCAACUGACAACACAUGAAAACCUCCUCUCUCCCCUCCGUGGAAAAUACACUCAAAAAGGCCAUUGACCAGCAGGAAUUAACCAUUUCUGAGGAGAGACUUCGAGCGAAAUCCAAAACUCACACGAUGGAAAUGUAUCAAGCUGGGUAUUACACAGAGGACUUCAGGACACAGGAGGUGCCUGCGGGUUUUGAUCUUGGAUCAUAUGACUACAGUGGUGAAGACCUGUCCUUUCUGUUAGACAGCAAGGGAGCUGGAGCUGGGCAGCUGCAGUACCCAGACGCCUACGCAGAGCCACAGAAGGACAUGCAGACCUUCGACACCAAAGGUACCUCUAAUGGCUCGACCCUACUGAACCUGGAUGCCUACCCAGAAUUCAGCUGCUGGAUGUCGUCUUACACCAGCACACCGGAGGCUGUGAACAGCGAGCCUCCUCAGAUCGGGUACCAGGAUUCCCCCUCUGGCUUCCAGAGCUUCACGCCGCUGUGUACUGCCAGCCCAGCUGCGCAGUUCCCCCCUGGCCUGAAGGACGUGACUGGGAGCCUCUACGCCCCAGACAAGGAGGCAGCCCACAGAGGAUCAUCAGUAGCAGUUGGUCUCGAUCACCUUGCAGGUGACUCUGCGAGGAACUACGGACUCUAUGACACAGACACACAGGGAAGGCCCUCUCAGUACUGGAGCACGUACUCCCCUCCCAGCUACUGCGCACCUCUGUCCAGCCACACUCCAUCUUGUGCCUCGCCCCCUGCGCCUCAGCCCUCGGAGCAAUACUGCCCCCGUGUGGUCAAAAGGAGAAGUGCGCCAUCUCAACGACUGGAGAAGGACGGAGAGGUGGCAGGCAUGUCUGCAUAUCCAGAAGGCUCACGUCUUGGUCCAUUUCUCUCAGGUUCAGGGCCCAUCCAGCUGUGGCAGUUCCUGUUGGAGCUGCUACUGGACUCUGGCUGCCGAACCUUCAUCAGCUGGACAGGAGACGGCUGGGAGUUCAAGAUGUCUGACCCUGCCGAGGUGGCCAAGCGCUGGGGCCAGUGCAAGAACAAGCCCAAGAUGAACUACGAGAAGCUCAGCCGAGGCCUGCGCUACUACUACCACAAGAACAUCAUCCACAAGACGGCUGGCAAGCGCUACGUCUACCGCUUCGUCUGCGACGUGCAGGGCAUGCUGGGUAAGACGGCGCGGGAGGUGCUGGCCAGCCUGAACGUGGUCCCGCUCAACACCGCCUCGUCCACCUCACCCCAGCAGGCCCUGGGAAGCCAGUCCGUCAAGCAGGAGAAGGCCACGGAGCCCUGGACACACUAACAUCACACGACACAUCACAUCAGAAAACAGCAGGAAAGCGGCAGACCACAGAACAUUCACAAACAAGAGCAAUCAGGGGCGACCAGAUACCUGGCCCUGUCUCGGCCAAUGCUAGAGGCAUUUGAUGGUGUGUGUGUGUGUGUGUGUGUGUGCGUGCAUCCACACGUGUGUUUGCCGAAGUUUAUGACUCUGUGUGUGUUCAGCAUCCACUGCAGAGGACACACACACACACACACACACAUUGUGG